AUGAUCCCCCUCUUCCCAACAACCUGUCUCCUUCUCUCCCUCCUCUUUCUCCUCAUUCAGCACCGCAAGGCCAUCCGUUCUAUAUUCCGGAAAUAUACCACUCCGAAUUACUCCCGCCUCCCCGUUUACCAACACGAAGUCGAACUGGAUCAUCUUCACCGUGAUCACCAAUUCACCACCAAUGGCUAUGUUGCUCCCCCCGCAACCCCUCUCUCGAGAUACUUCGACCCGGAUACAUCCGUUAUAUACCCAGGGGUCAUGGAGCCGCCCUUCCCUAUUAUUCCAGAGAUGUCAGACGAUUGUUAUUCUGUGGAUGGAGAUGAAGAUGAAGGGGAAUGGGUAAAUGAGAUGGUGGAUUCAGUGGUGAAGUGGGUGGUGAAAAAGGUACAGGAGGGACCAUCGUCUUCUGGUUCUACUAGUUGA